ACAAGCCAACGUGGUCCUGGAAACCAGACAACUGGCCAUGAAGAUCUUUGAAGAUUACACGGUGUCGUGGUACUGGAUAAUAAUAGGCCUCGUCAUCGCCAUGGUGGCCAGCUUGAUCUUCAUCGUCCUGCUCCGCUUCCUGGCCGGCAUCAUGGUGUGGGUGAUGAUCGUGAUGGUGAUCCUGGUGCUGGGCUACGGAAUCUUCCACUGCUACAUGGAAUACGCCAAACUGAAAGGGGAGGCGGGUUCCGACGUCUCUCUGGAGAACGUGGAGGUUUCCUGGGGGGCGAGGGGCUGAGCUUUGCUGCGUCUCCUCGCAGUGAUCAUCCUCUGCGUGCUGGAGGUGGUGAUCGUCCUGCUCCUCAUCUUCCUCCGCAAGAGGAUCCUCAUCGCCAUCGCCCUCAUCAAGGAGGCCAGCAGGGCCAUCGGUCACGUCAUGAUGUCGCUGCUCUACCCCUUGCACACCUUCUUCCUGCUGUGCCUCUGCAUCGCCUACUGGGCCAGCACCGCCGUUUCCCUCUCCGCCUCCAACGAGGCCGUCUACAAAGUGUUUAACGAGAGCGCCUGCCCCUUCUCCGGGCAGACCUGCAAACCGGAGCUCGUUCCCAACGUGUCACUCUUCCUCCUCGAGCCGGUGAGCGCGCUUUUUGGCCUGAGCAAGCUGGGAAAAUGCAGCAUUUUAGGGUACCACACGGGCUCGCUGGCCUUCGGCUCGCUCAUCCUCGCCAUCGUCCAAGUCAUCAGGGUCACCCUGGAGUACCUGGACCACAGGUUAAAAGCGGCCGACAACAAGUUCGCCAAGUUCCUCCUGAGCUGCCUCAAGUGCUGCUUCUGGUGCCUGGAAAAAUUCAUCAAAUUCCUCAACCGAAACGCCUACAUCAUGAUUGCCGUCUACGGCACCAACUUCUGCACCUCGGCCCGCAACGGCUUCUUCCCGCUGAUGAGG